CGCGCCCCAGGUUUGUUGUUUACUCUCCUUUAAACAUGGCUGCAGUCAAGGUCUUUGGAGUGUGUACAAGAAAUUCUGUGUUACAGACGAAGGCCUUAUAUUCCGUACCAGCUAGCGAGCUGUCGCGGAAGUUUAGUACGUCCAGAACUCAUUAUAGAGCCAAGUUUUUUGACUCGGCUGAGGAAGCUAUACACGACAUCAAGGAUGACAGUAAACUUCUAGUGGGGGGAUUUGGUCUGUGUGGAAUCCCAGAAAACCUGAUUGCAGCCUUACUUCAGACAAAGGUCAAAGGUCUGACAGUGGUCAGUAAUAAUGCGGGGGUGGACAACUUUGGUUUGGGCCUCUUACUUCGACAAAAACAGAUUAAAAGGAUGAUUUCAUCCUACGUGGGGGAGAAUGCGGAGUUUGAGAGACAAUACCUUGAGGGAGAACUAGAAGUGGAACUCACCCCCCAGGGGACUUUGGCAGAGAGAAUUCGGGCUGGUGGUGCAGGUAUCCCAGCAUUCUUCACUCCUACAGGGUAUGGAACACUCAUCCAGGAGGGCGGGGCACCAGUUAAAUACAAUACAGAUAAAACCGUAGAAAUAAUCAGCGAUCCAAGGGAGGUAAGGGAAUUCAAUGGAUUUAAGUAUAUCAUGGAAGAAGCCAUCACAGGUGACUUUGCCCUUAUCAAGGCACACAAGGCAGAUAAAGUGGGAAACCUCACAUUUAGAAAGACAGCUCGUAACUUUAACCCCCCGAUGUGUAAGGCCGGGCGAAUCACGAUAGCUGAAGUAGAGGAGAUCGUGGAAGUUGGAGAAAUUCCACCAGAGGACGUCCACGUUCCACAUGUAUACGUACAGAGAGUCAUCAAAGGACCCAGCUACCAAAAGAGGAUAGAGAGACUGACAACACGGACAGAAGGUAAAGAGGAACCAGAGACAAAUGACAAGGCCGCGGAAAUGAGAAACAGAAUCAUAAAGCGGGCAGCUCUGGAGUUCCAUGAUGGAAUAUAUGCCAAUCUGGGUAUUGGAAUGCCAAUGUUGGCCAGUAAUUAUAUCCCACCAGGAAUGACUGUCCAUCUACAGAGUGAAAACGGAAUCAUGGGAUUGGGUCCUUACCCAUUACCAAAUGAGGUUGACCCAGAUCUGAUCAACGCGGGCAAACAGACCGUCACCAACAUCCAAGGCAGCUCUUUCUUCUCCAGUGAUGAUUCCUUCGCUAUGAUUCGAGGAGGACAUAUUAACUUGACCAUACUAGGGGCAUUACAAGUUUCUCGUUAUGGAGAUUUGGCCAACUGGAUGAUUCCGGGUCGAUUGGUCAAGGGAAUGGGUGGAGCUAUGGAUCUGGUAUCCAGUCACAAAACUAAGGUUAUUGUUACCAUGGAGCACCAGGACAAGAAAGGAAACAGUAAGAUAGUCAAUAGCUGUGAUCUGCCGCUGACGGGUAAAAACUGUGUGGAUAUGAUCAUCACAGACAAGUGUGUGUUUGACGUUGACUCAGAAAAGGGACUAAUUUUAACGGAGAUCGCAAAAAAUGAAGAUGUCGCCAGCAUUGUUGGUGCCACCAACUGUGAAUUUGUGGUUGCUCCGGAUGUUAAAGUAAUGGGACAGAUUCAGACAUAGAUAAUGGGGAGACAACUCACUGCUGGUCUUGUCAUUGUGUUUGUCUGACGUCUGUGUGAUAUGUGUAGACUUAUAAACAGAGUGGCAUGAUAAGAGCUAUAGACUUAAACACUGGUGUAGAGGUCAAAACACUCAACUCUGUGAUCUGAGCCUCAUGUUAUAAUUGUGAGACAAAUAUCUGUAUGUUUCGUUUUGUAUUGUAGGGAUAAACCUUGCUCAUCUACUAUAUUUUGUUUUGUGUAAGUGAUUUUACUCACAGUCUCCUAAAGUCCUGCAUCAUAAAUUAAAAUGUUAAAAGUUUUCUGUACUCUUCAGAAACAAAUAUCUGCUUGAAUGGCUUCAAUACAUUGUUUCAUUACUCAUUUCUCUGUUUGAUUAAGGAUGUACAAUAUGUAUGACCUAAAUUAUAUAGUUAUAAUUAUUUCAAAAUUAAAUUGUAAUUGAUUUUUUAUUCCAUGAUAUAUUUGCUUUUUCUGAUAGAGUCUUGACAAUUUACUUUUUUCCCUCCCAAAAAUAAAUUGUCCUGGGUCAUUGUACUAGUAUUAAACAUUUUGAUAUAUGAGGUAGGGGAAAUUAAAAUUUUCUUUAUUAUAUAUUUUGGUUUGAGAUGUGUACAAAUAACACAUGUACAAUUGAAGAUUUAUAUCUGAGGGCAUUUUUAAAUAAUAUAAUGUUUUUUAUUCAUGAUUUAUGUAUGAAUUCUGAGAUAUUUGAUUUGUUUCAGAAUAAAAGUGAUAUUUCUGUACAGUUUU